UCUCAAUCAGAAUAGGCUGGAAAAUAGAGUUUUGAUGCCAGACGGGACAUUGUACCUUUAUUCUGAUUUUUUUUCGCCUUUUCCAUCGCUGCGAAUUCCAGCCCCCCUAAUCUCCCUUUUCCUGCCUGCACGCUCCGAUCCGUUUCUGUAUUGAUAUUUCCUGCGCCUCCACGAUCCUCUUCCCAGCCGUCGGUUGCCCUGAAAGCUUACUGCAGACUCUCGCUUUCUUACUGCAGAGAACAUGAUAAAUCUGUUUAAAAUCAAGGACAAGAAAAAUCAAGAUGCAGAAAGUGCCAAUGGAAGACCUCCUAUAAAGAAGCAAAGUGCUGGAGAGUUGCGUCUCCACAAAGAUAUAAGUGAGCUGAACCUGCCAAAAACGACAACCAUAUCAUUUCCUAAUGGGAAGGAUGAUUUAAUGAAUUUUGAGAUCAGCAUUCGGCCUGAUGAAGGAUAUUACCAGGGAGGUACAUUUAUGUUCACGUUUCUAGUUCCUUCAUCCUACCCUCAUGAACCACCAAAGGUCAAGUGCAAGACAAAGGUAUACCACCCUAACAUUGACUUGGAAGGAAAUGUUUGCUUGAACAUUUUGCGGGAGGACUGGAAGCCCGUCCUUAAUAUAAAUACUAUUAUUUAUGGAUUGAAUCAUCUUUUUACGCAACCAAAUCAUGAGGAUCCCCUGAACCAUGACGCUGCAGCUGUUCUGCGUGACAACCCGAGGUUGUUCGAGACCAAUGUGAGAAGAGCAAUGGCUGGAGGAUAUGUAGGCCAGGUUCACUUUCCCCGUUGCAUAUGAUGAAAGCCUCUGAUGCCUUGCAGAAUAAAAUAGUUAGAUUGCCUUAGCAAAGCUGCUCAGGCUGCAGCAGCUAUAGCUUCUUCUGUGAAAUAGCAUCGGCAUGUUCUUCAAUGUAAAGCAGUCUGCACCUUGCUGUAUCUCAAAGACCUUUGCUUGUAUUAUUAUUUCAAUGGAAUGUUCACAGAUGUGUGAGAGACAGAGACUGAUUAGCAGUUUAAUUUUUUUUUUUAAUUAUUGUUAUUGUUAUUGGUAAACAUGGCAUGGCUAGCUUAUGAUUCAUAAUGUAUGCUUGUAUUUAUAACUUGAUUGUUUUUUUUUAUUAUUGUUAAGUGUAUGGUUAUAAUAAUCUUUUGAUGUACUCAGUUCAUGAAUU